CGGGAACCUAAUCGUUCUCACUACUCACCAGCUCCCUUUAUAAUCUCCGCCCAUAACCCUUUCACAUCUCGCCAUCUCUCUCUCUUUUUGGGAUUUCAGUUUUCAGGAAACCUGCAACUGCGAGUCUCUUAUCAGAGCAAAUCAUGGAGGGCACCGCAAGAAGACCCACUUUCAUUGAGGAAGACGAUGGUCUGGCUUCUCUUGCGGAUAUGGAAGCUGGGUUCUCAGGGAAUCAUCAUCAUCUACCGGUGCUAAUGAAAUCGUCUUGCCUCAGUGGUUCGAUUAGAAGGGGUAGUUACAGAGUUCUUUCAUCUCCUGCAUCUAGAUCUCCGAGAUUCUAUGAGAAUAGAUUCGAGGAGCAUCAUCAGCCUCAUUUCCUUGAAGCCUGUUACCUAUGCAGGAAACCUCUGGGUGGUAACAGAGACAUAUUCAUGUACAGAGGGGACAUACCAUUCUGUAGCGAAGAGUGCAGACAAGAGCAGAUAGAGAUGGAUGAAGCUAAGGAGAAGAACUGGAGUCUCUCAGCUUCUAUGAAGGCUGUGAGGAAGGACCAGAAGAAAUCUUCUUCUACUCCAAACAAAGCCCAGAAUUACCCUAUAAGGACAAGCACCGUUGCUGCUGCUUGAAACUGCAGAAACGAAAUUCUGAAGAAAAAUA